ACACCGUCGACAACUUGACAACAUGGUCUUUUGCGUCGCAAUGCGCUAAGCAUCGGUGGAAUGUAUCAAAUGAUUGGCUCUGUGUUGCAAUGCGGCGUCAUAAAGCGAGUGUGGAGGUGAAGGGGGUGAUUGGAAUUUUGUGUCAUUUAUUGACGGCCACAGGACUCCAAUAUGUCCCUUCGCCGGAGACUUUUAGACGGGCAAAGUUCGGCGAAGUCAAUGUGGAGGAUCAAAUCUGGCAGCUCCUAGCCAAUAUCCUGCAGACAAGUACUCUGUCCAUGGCUGGCUGCACACAGUUGAAAAAUGUCACCCCCGAGUGCAAGAUGCUGGUGAGCACAGGGCUGUGGAGGAGUGGUUACUACGCCGGCUGGGUGUAUGGAGCCGGCGAGGCGCGAGGAGUCUCCAGCCGGGAACUUCUCGUGGCCCUCGGCUGGCUGCUUGCCGCUGGAAUGCUGGAGAAGCGUUUGAGCCAGCGAGUGCAACAGCUGGACAAGACGCUUGUCCCUCCCAUACUUAUGAAAGUCGAGCUCCCUCAGGAGCCCCUGGUCGAGUGCAACUCAGUGAGAAGACUUGAGUGGCUCACUGGUAGCCUGAGACACCAGGGGCGCAUGCUGAUGUCCAUGCAGGAUGAGCGAGCCUCCUUGUUACAUGCUGUUUUGUCUGCUAGCCAACCUUCUCGGUCAUCUUCCCCGGGUCAAAGCUGUGCUGUGCUGCGUGAGACGUGCACUGGUGUGCAGGAACUUUGUGACCUCCUUGAGUUGUACCUAAAGUGGAAGCAGGUGGAGAAUGUUUUCUGGACCUGGAUGGAAGCGUCAGGACUUACACACGAGCAAGACGCCGGCAGCGCCACUGAGAUGCCUUCACACACGAGGGCAGCAGCGGCUGCGUCCCACCCUGGACAACGGCGGGCUGUGGAAAAACUGGACCACGUGCUGCUGAAACUGAAAACAGUGCAGGAAGUACAGAGGCCGGAGACAGGGGACGUUAAGGACCCAAGUGGGAGACUUCAGAGUAGCACGGACACUUUGGCUCACGCUGUGCCUUCUCUCGAGUCUUUGCCGCCAGUGUUUUGCGUCUCCCGAGCGUACCGAAGCAGAUUCCAGGCUGGUAAAAGAGUCACAAGUUUUCACGGUCCAGUUGAGCAAGCAGACGAGCUUCAAGCGAGUCAGGUCAUAGGACUGCUUACUCAAACGGAGAGAAAGCUGCUGGAGGGGAGGAACGCGCAGAGAUUGGCCAAAAGGAUGCAGCUCCAGGACAUGAUUGGCACAUUGGACCAACUGGUGUUUGAUUCCGCCGGGAAACAUUUUUUUCAACCAACUUCUUUACAUUCCAAAUGACAUUUACCUGGCUUGGGCGCAGGAUGGCACUGGAGCCGAGAAGCAAGCCCCCCAAACCCUAAGCCUGGGGGGCCAUGCAGUGAUGGAUAGAUGAUAGACUGCAAAUCUGUACUUGUGUCACAAUCUCAAUCAGUCUCUUAUUAUUGUUGAGAAUCUCAUCUGACAUUGAAAUCUCCAAAAGUGAA